UAUAUCUCUGAGCAAACACUCAGCACCCUGCCCGAGUGGAAAUCGACACCCGUCGAGAGAAUGAAGGAAUCAGGCAAACAAGCUGUACCCAGGACACAAUAGGAAAACGCCGGGUUUUGUUCUUACCCAUCUCCUAUCGUGAGGUCAAAGUAGCCCGCAGCGACACCCAACACUAGCCGUCCGCCCAUCAUCCCGCGGGGCAGACGACAGUUGCUGGGAGCAGACGACAAUCAGUGGAGCGGGUGAUAAGAAGAUCAGUCUACUUUUACGCUCGUCAGGUGUGGCAGCGGAUUCGGUGGAAUGUACUUCGAAUUCUAAGGAUCUUGUUUUUACAGCUAGGUAUUCCUGUGGUCUGUUUGUAACAGGAACUUGGCCUCAUUUGGUGACAGUUGACCGACUUUACGUGGCUGUCGAUUCCAAAGUCGGGAGUAGCAUCGUGGAUAACAACACAAAGGAAGACUGUCACAGGUACACGCCUUGGAAGGAUGUGAAGACAGGGACUUCAUAGUCCAACUUUCAGACUUGAGUAUCGGAUGACAAGACAAUGAAACAACGAGUACAUCGACGGGAGAGGAACCGAUUGCAGUCAAAUGGAAAACACGGCGGACUAACAAGCAAAACGACGCCCAAAUUGGAUGUCAAUUUGAACCCGUCCUUGUCUGAUGUCGGCGACGUCACAGGGGCAGAGGAUAUUUUCCCGCGUUUAUCACCAUGGGUCGUCUGCGCCGUGACAAUGGCCGUCCGGGUGAAUUAUGUCUGUCAACCAAGGAACUGGUGGAUACUUCAUCCGGAUGAGAUUUUCCAGUCGCUUGAAGUGGCCCACUCCGAGGUGUACGGGUACGGAUUCCGCACCCACGAGUAUCUGCCAACCCCCGGGGAUCUGAACGUGAGCCAGGUGCGCUACAGUGAGCUCCAGAUGGGGAUGCACAGCAUGAGGUCGUUCCUGCUGCCGCGCUUCUUCAUGAUGUUAGCGGUGCUGAUGGAGGGGCUCGGCUAUCGGGGGACACCGUUCUUGCUAUGGAAGGUAGUUCACACUAUCGUGUCAUCUUGUCUCCCAUUGGCUGUCUACAAAUUCACCCGACUCCUCUUCCGGUCACAUGACUGUGGUGUCCUGGCGGCCAUACUGACAGCCGGAAGUACACAUCUGUCCGUGUUUGGCACACAUACCCUCAUCAACAGCUUUUGUGGCACACCGUUAUUUUGUGGGUUAUACUUUCUGUUUAAAAACUUAUUUUGUGUUUCGCCAACGCUGAAGAAAGAUCCAAAAGUCCAGUCGCCGGUAGAUUGCACUGGGAACCUGAAUUACGUCACAAAUCUCGUACGUGGCCAUGGGAGAACUCGAGAAAGCUCGGGAUCUGAGAAUACGUGCUGUUAUGAGAGGAGCAGUGGUUUGUGUCCUGGCUUUAAACAUGGCGACGGGGGAAUACAUGGCAUCACGAAAGGAUUUGCAAACUGUCCCGGAAUUAUUAUUGCAGCUAUAGUCCAAAGUAUGACAACCGGGAUAUCUUUAAUAAACAAUUCGUCUCGUUCUCGGCAAAAUGAACCAGUGAUUCAGAAAGAUAACGAUGUUACUGAUGAAUGUGUUUUCAGUAAACCAGAGUUUAAUCUUGUCAAUGAAAUGUCGGUGGAAAAAGAUUCCAACAUGAACAUCAUUACGAAGCAUCCACGACCACAGCCUGAACAUUGUGAACGUGACCAUGACAAAAGGGAGCUAACUCUUGCAUCUUUCAUUCUAGUGAUAUGUUGCUACAUACGAGUAGAUGCAUCUCUAUUUGUAGUCGUGACGUCACUUCCUCAUAUUAACCGGAAAUGCCUUGAGAGUUCUAAAAUUAUUUCGUGUAUUGUUGGUGCAGUCAUCGGACUUACAGUUUGUAUUUUGGAUGAUUUCAGUUCAUAUGGAGUGGGAGUUAUCUCCCCUUACAAUUGGUUUCAGUUCAACGUGAUUCAAGACUAUGCAGCAGUUGUUUUCGGAAGGAUGGAGUUUACCUGGUAUUUAAAGACACUGAUUGGGCAGAGUUCAUGUUUGAUGCUUUUCACAGCCUAUUUGUUCGGAACAAUAGGCGUUAAUUUACUGGUAUAUACAUCACUAUCCCAUUUAGAUAGACAUAGAUGUCGGGUCAUCAGCAAACUUGCUGCCUCCCUUGUCAUACUCAUGUUGCUUUACUCUGCCAAAGGGCACAAAGAGCUACGCUUUAUGCAUAAUUAUCUAGUCUUAGCUUUUAUUGGCUAUUCGUAUUGUUUUUAUAUCAGUGCCAAGUACUUGAGAUCCAUGACAUAUAGCCUAACUAGUCAGGGGUUUAUAUUCAUGGUGGUUGUCCUGUAUAUACUGAGUCAGUGGCGCGUGUUCCCCUCGUCUGUCGACGAGUCAAAUAAGACAUGGACUUACACAGGGAACACACAAUCUCAUGACGUCAUCACAUGUUUUGAUUACGUCAGUAAACAGAAUGACGUCACAGGUGUCUUCACGGACCAAAUGGUUCACAUGAGCGGAGGCUACACUGUGUUACAUCAAAAUGUUCCAAUACUUGGACUCAUCCAUUAUGAGUUUUAUGAAUUCAGUUACGAUAUAAGGAAGAAUCUUUGCGCUGUGAAUUUCUUCGGAAAGAAGACAAAUGUGACUGUGAGUACUUUCAGCGACACCUCAGAAUUUGUGUCUGUGUACAAUACCCCGUAUGUUUUGAAACUCUUGGUGACUAAGAAACAUUACAAUUAUCUCGUGAUGAACACAGAAAGAAAGUUUGUUAACACUGGAUUCCGUGAAGUGUUUAGAUCGGGGAAAAGGAAGGUCCUAAAACGGACCCUUGACGCAGAGGCAGAAAAUCAGUUGGAGAAGAUAGCUGCAACCAUCCCCCUCGGUAGCAAUGCAACACUACUGACUUACGAGGCGGACUGGUUGAUGCGAUUUCGACAGUUUGACGUGGCCAUACCUCGCCUACAGCAAGCACUACAGCUGGAUGUCAAGCUAGUUGAGGCGUAUAAGUUACUGGCUUUGUGCUACACGGUGCUGGGGGACCAUCAGUCCUCGAGUGGCGUCAUAGACAGGUGUGUAGAGGCACGAGGCAGGAGACUGUGUUAUGAGAAUCCUCACAGGAUCCGUUUACACGAGUUAUACAGCUUCCAAGGUUAAAGUGAUUGCAGAACAAAUAGUGUUUCGCCAACAGUGCCGAUUGAAGAAGGUAUGGACUACACACGAGAUCAUGAUCCUUAUCUGAAAAUACUGCUUCAACUCGCCCUCCUCACGUUUUUCGUUCUCUAAUCACGAGAGUACAAGGGUAUAGAAUGUUGUGGUGAAGAACCCUUAUAUACCUACUGCCACUUUGCCUAUUGUAGUGUAGGUAUCAUCCUAUCUCGUAAUAACCUCUUGGAAGGUUUUUCGUUUUCCUUGUUAGACCUCAUCCUGGGUAUGAGGUUUUUCUUUACCUGGCAGGACCUGGUAUGAGGUUUUACUUUUUACCUAGUAAGACAUGGUAUGAGGUUUACGUUUUGCCUAGUAAGACAUGGUAUGAGGUUUAACUUUUUACUUUGUAAGUCCUGGUAUGAGGUUUUACUUUGUCCUGGUAAGACCUGGUAUGAGGUUUUACUUUUUACCUAGUAAGACCUGGUAUGAGGUAUUACCUUUAACCUAGUCAGACCUGGUAUGAGGUAUUACUUUUUACCUAGUAAGACAGGGUAUGAGGUAUUACUUUUUACCUAGUAAGACAUGGUAUGAUGUUUUACUUUUUACUUUGUAAGACAUGGUAUGAGGUUUUACUUUUUACUUUGUAAGACAUGGUAUGAGGUUUUACUUUUUCCUGGUAAGAACUGAUUAGUUUGGUUGUAGAUGAAAUUUGUACUUGGUGUUUCAAACAUCGAAGACAAGAAAUACAGGUUUAUCAUUAUGGAUGACGGGACUCGAACCUGCUACCUCACACAUCAUGUUUAGUUUUGUUUUCCCCACUGAGCCGCCGGGGCAGGUGAUGAAAAGUUGUUCAACAUUACUUGUCAUGACUUCAGUUUGUACUGCAUGCUGCAAGUGUCUUUUUCUCUCGCACGCUGUGAUCGAAUUCCCAUUAUACCGCGACACAUUGUAUUGUUUCACUAAAAGGUAUCCCGAUGUUUUCUUAUUUCUUCUGGUAUUACUUGCAUUUAGACGGUUCAUAAGUUGGAUGAAACACUCCUCCUCGGUUUUGGUUCGCGGUAUUACAUUUUCAACAAUUGCUCGUGCAGUGACUGCUUUUGACAAUAGUCGUAUAUACGAACAUGAUGUUUUGUUUAAAUUACACCCUUUUGGCGGUUUAUAAGCCAGUGAAAACACUACCUCUCUGUUUUUGUUGAAAAUGGAAGAGUUUCGAUGAAGAUUCUUACACCGUUAUCAACCUGGACUGACAACAGCCAAGUGGUAAGAGGUAUAUAUAAUCACAGCAUAUCAUGCAUAUAUACCUCUCAUCACUUGGUUGUUGUCAAUCCAGCUUGAUGUUGUUUUCCAUAAAGUUGUACGUUAUCUCUUUGAGUAUUUUGCGUUUUUUCAUGUUUUUGAAAUAAUACUGAUGAAAGACUGCACUUGAAGGUAGUUUUGACGCACAGUCAGAUUUUAUUAUUUUGUUUUAUUGUUAUUUUCGCUAUUUAUAGAUAUGUUAUUGAAUAAACCUGUUGCGAC